UUGCACCUGUGGUUAAACCCAAGCCAACAAAGAGGGGGGGUGAGAAGAAUGCUGGCAAAUCAAGAAGAAAGAAAAACAAAGGGAAAAACAAGAAGAAAGGGACUCCCUGUGAAAUGGAAUACAAAAACUUUUGCAUCCAUGGUGAAUGCAUAUACCUAGAGCAUCUCCAGAUGGUGACCUGCAAGUGUCAUCAGGAUUUUUUUGGUGAGCGCUGUGGUGAACAGUUCAUGAAGACUCAAAGGAAGAAUGAUGUGGCAGACUACUCGAAGACUGUGUUGGUAGUGGUAGCUGUCCUGCUCUCCAGCAUCAGCUUCAUUACUGUACUUAUCAUUGUGAUAGUGCAGGUCAGGAAAAAGUGUCCUCAGUAUGAAGAGAAAGAAGAAAGGAAAAAACUUCGACAAGAAAACAGAAACAACCAUGUUGGCGUGUAA